AUGACAAUCUCAUUCAUCAGUCAAAACUUGUCAAGAAAUAAACAAGCAGAACACGAAUUUCCAUUAAUGACGCAUUGCUCAUCCUCUCAGUUUCGUACGACUCUAAAGCGCAUAAUCCCAGAUGGCGCAGUCGGUUCAGAAGAAUGCUCUCCAAAUAUACAUUCACUUUCAUCCUUGCUUUCUUCUAAACAAUCUGAUACACUAAAAGCAACAGAUAAAGAUUGUAGUGCUUUGAACAAAGCAAAGUCAAACAGUGAGAAUAAAGCAGACAGGACAAAGACCAGGCACAAAAGGCUUAGGAAACAGAGUUUGUCUCUCAAUCAUCUUAUAAACUUCACUUUGACUGAACCACCUGUUCCUUCUCACAUUCCUUGUACUUCAAUGAGUUCACAAAGCCUCAUUCCUCACAAACGAGAUGCCUUUGUCAACGCAAACUAUCGUUUCUUAAUCCACCCAGACUCUCGAGACACUGUGGAUGUUGUUAACCCAGAUACAAAUGUUGAUUGGGAUAAUGUCGAGCAAGUAGUGGUGUCUGCUGCAAAUUGUUCCAAUUGUCCCGUGUGUCUUUCAACGCCAAGCGUUCCGAGAAUGGCUAAAUGUGGUCACAUAUUCUGUCUGGCUUGUAUUUCACAGUUUUUCACCGUACAAGCCAAUCCAUACAGAACAGAACGAGGGUGUCCAAUAUGUAUGAAGCAUAUUGAACGAUGUGAUUUACGGUGUGUCCGCAUAAUAGACUGCUUUGCCAUCAAAAGCGACAAGAAAAUGUCUUCCGAUGAUGAUGAAAGCGACCAAGAAGAUAAACAAGACGAUGAGCAAACUGAUGAAGAGCCAAGUGUCAAACCUGGCCAGACAGUUGACUUUUGUUUGCUGCACCGCAAAUCUGACUAUGUGUUUGUGCAACCAGUCCCCGAGGAUAGCACCAACACUUCAUUUCGCUCAAAUAUUUCGAAAAAGAUCCCUUUUGUAUCUACCAAAGGUGUGCUGGAGUUCUCAAGGUAUAUGUUGGCUACUCGCAAGCACAUGGAGGCAGAAUUCGAAAGAGAACAGUCGACGUUAGAAAUAGAGGCCAUUGAAUCCCUGACGCUAAAAGACGCCAAUCAACUGGGUACUGUAACUAAAUGCAUCCAAGAAAUCGAGACAUCCAACGAGGGUCUCAGCCAAAGGUACUCUACAGACUCCAAUUCGACCUCAAUGUCCCUUGCCAAAACAAGAGCGUCUUGGGCAGCCGGAUACCGCCGAGCGACUGCCAAUCCUACACGUCCAGCUGGAGUAGGACAAGACUACUAUUUCCAUCAGGCGGUAGACGGUCAAUACGUCUACCUGAAUUCUCUUAACAUCCGCAUGUUGCGACAUGAAUUUGGAGACUAUUGUAAUUUUCCAAAACGAUUCUCAUUAUUUGUACUAUAUACUGAAGAAGCUACAAUAACUCCAGAACUUCGUAAACGACACAAGUAUAUCGCACAUUUACCGCUUUAUUGUAAUAUUACAUUUGCUCUUGUUGAUCUAAGUGGUGUUGUUUCUGAACCAACUCUCAAACGCUUUGAAAAUGAUAUGGCGCAGCGUCUUGAUAAGCAAUCCGAUGAACCUGUUGAUGUAACAAGAAGUUCACCAACUUCAAAAAACAGGAGAAAUACUACCAAUAGUAAUAAUAACAAUUACGAUGAAGAUGAAGACGAAGACGAGGAUGAAGACUGUUUUUACUAUUAUGGUACCCCUUCAGGUCAAAACCAGAACCGUAGCCGCAGCCGUAACCGCAACCCCACAACACAAUCACCGUCACCGUCACCACCACAAUCGUCAUCAGCAUCACCAUUGCAAUGGCAAGACCAAUCCCCGGUGGGUUCAUUAGUAGCGCGUACCUUAAUUGCUUCACUCGCAAACCCUGCACCAACUUCGGAUUCGAGAUUUGAAGCUGAUUCUGAUGACGAAGAUCUAAAGUAUGUAUUGCGACUAUCAGCCGCAGAGUAUGCAAGUCAGCAGGAGAUGCGACAAGCAAAUCGCGCAGAAACCACUGAGACUACAGGUAGUGCUAAUUAA